AUGCCAGCUCCUCCGAGUUCUACAUCUGUUGGAUCAGGAGGUCGCUCGCCUAGCAAGGUGUCUGCUGCUCCACGAUCUUCCAGUGGCGGUACAGUAAGGCAACGCAAAUCAACGACAACUACAACAGCAGCUAGAAAUCGUAGCACAGGUGCUGGUUCUGGUGGAAUGUGGCGAUUCUACACUGACGAUUCUCCAGGUGUAAAAGUAGGUCCUGUUCCUGUAUUAGUCAUGUCACUACUCUUUAUUGCAUCAGUUUUUAUGCUGCACAUUUGGGGAAAAUAUACUAGGGCA